AUGACAACUUUCGAUUUCUUUUUAAAGAGCAAGGUGGAGAACAACAAUUUCUGUUGCGGCGGUGAACCGCAGAAGCCGCGCGAACCGGAAGUGCACAAAGUACCAGCACUGGGAAGCCCUGCGCUUCCUUGGUCAGGAAUCGCGAUAGUUGAUUUAAAAAUUAAAAAUAUAUCUCUGAAGGAUUUUAAAGGAAAAUACUUGAUACUGCUCUUCUACCCCUAUGAUUUUACAUUUAUCUGUCCCUCGGAAAUGAUACAAUUUAGCGAUCGUAUAGAGGAGUUUAAAAAAUCAGACUGCGAAGUGAUAGCGAUUUCCACGGACUCACAGUACUCUCAUCUAGCGUGGAUUAUUACACCCCGGAAGCAGGGUGCCCUGGGUGAAAUGAGAAUUGCUGUUUUAUCAGACAAAAGUCACAAAGUAUCGAGACUAUACGGAGUGCUCGAUGAAAAGGAAGAAAUAUGCCUGAAGGGUUUAUUUAUCAUCGACAAGAAACAAUUGAUUCGACACGUUGCAAUUAGUAAGAUAUCACUCUCGCGUUCCGUUGACGAAACCCUGAGAAUCGUGGAGGCUUGCAAAUUCAUAGACGAAUACGGAGAGACUUGUCCAGCUGGUCCAAGGAAACAAUUGAAUCCUUUGAACCACAAUCUACCUUAUUUCAGAAAUUGCCGUAAAUGCGAGAAGAAACACCAUACGUUGCUUCAUUUUCCGACCGAGACACAAGACUUGAACCAUAAUAAUCAGAUAGUAUCCACCCCGUCAACGUCCACAGAAACAAUUAAGACCACCUUAACCGCUUCUUACGAUUCAGAGGUUUUACUUGGCACGGCACAAAUUACUAUCUUAGAUAAAUAUGAUAUGGAGCACACGUGUCGCGUAUUGCUUGAUAGUGGUUCGCAAACACAUUUUGUUACAUACAGACUCGCGGAAAUGUUGCAAUUAAAUAAACAACAAAUAGAUCUCUCGUUCGCCGGCUUAAGGCAACUUAAUACAAACGCGAAACAUCUAGUUAAAACCAGCAUAAGAUCGCAAACCGGUCCAUUUAAGGCUCAAAUAACAUUCAUUGCACUACCAUCGAUUACGGGUAUGCUGCCGGUGCGACAGGUCAAUCUUAGCGAGUUUGAUAUGAUGAGUUUGGUAGAAUUGGCAGAUCCGAACUUCCGCAAACCAGGGGAGAUAGACGCACUCAUUGGUAAUGCGCUGUUCUACGACUUAUUAGAAGCUGGUCAAAUUAAAUUAGAUAAACCCUCAGUUAUCUUGCAAAAUACACAGGUAGGAUGGAUAGUCACUGGCGAGAUAGAUAGUCAUAAACCCAAUAGGCAAGGCAGGGCAGGUAAGGUUUGUCAUAUAGCCACGUCCCUCGACACACAAAUCACUCGGUUUUGGGAGAUAGAAGAAAUCCCAGAGAAGGGUUUCUUAUCCGCGGAAGAGACAGAGUGCGAAACUCAUUUUACACGAAAUACAACGCGUAACGAGCAAGGACGAUAUGUAGUUAGAUUACCAUUUAAUGAAAAACACGAUCUUCUCGGCAACUCAAGGACGAUGGCCUUAAAACGAUUUUAUAGUUUAGAGCAUAAAUUACAGUCAAAUUUAGAAUUGAAAACUCAAUACACAGAAUUUUUAAAAGAAUAUUUAGAAUUGGGGCACAUGACGGAGGUAAAGGACGACCAGAGUAGCGUAGGGUAUUAUUUGCCGCACCACGCGGUCGUAAAAGAAUCGAGUUCGACCACAAAGGUUAGAGUAGUAUUCGACGCCUCAGCGAAAAGCAGUUCCGGUCUAUCGUUGAAUAACACUUUAUUAAUUGGACCUACGAUACAAGACACGUUGUUCUCUAUUCUUAUUCGUUUUCUCACUUAUGGCACCGCGCCGGCACCAUUCUUAGCCACGCGUUCUCUAAAUCAAUUAGCUAAAGAUGAAGCAAAGAAAUUCCCUCUAGCUGCAGAAAUAUUUAUGAGAGACUUCUAUAUAGACGAUUUACUUACAGGAGCAGAUAGUUUUCAAGCUGCAUUAGAACUUAAAAAACAAUGUAUCGCGUUAGCUAGGGCGGGAGGUUUCCAUUUGCGACAAUGGACCUCCAAUGACGCAAGAUUGAUUGCGGAUUUGCAAAUUAUAAACCAGCAGGGAUCAUUGUGCCUGGAUCCGUCACAAACAAAAAAGACAUUUGGCGUUUAUUGGAAUCCAACAAACGAUCAAAUUAGUUAUAUUUUUAAACAGUUGUCGCCAGAACAAUCUCGCAUUACCAAGAGAGUACUUCUAUCAGAAAUCGCGCAAUUGUUCGACCCCCUCGGUUUGCUUGGGCCGGUAAUUAUCAAAGCCAAGAUUGUUAUGCAACAAUUGUGGAAAUCGGCUAUUGGCUGGGACGAACCCGUUCCGCAGACAAUAAAACAAUCGUGGCUGGAGAUUAAAAACAAACUACAUUUAUUAGAUAACUUCACCGUACCGCGCCGAACCGCUAUAGAAAAUACAACACAACUAGAACUCCACGGCUUUAGUGAUGCCAGCGAGAGUGCAUACGGCGCAUGCAUUUACAUUAAGUCCACCAACGAACGUGGACAAUACGCGGUAAAUUUGUUAUGUGCGAAGUCAAGGGUUGCACCUUUGAAAAUUAUAUCGCUACCGCGUCUCGAACUUUGCGCGGCCAGGCUCCUUGCAAAAUUGUACAAGGAAGUGAAAAAGGCAUUUUAUCAGACAGAGUUCAAACGAAUUAGAUUCUGGUCUAAUUCUACCAUUACAUUGCAUUGGAUAAGGACACCACCGCAUUUAUUAAAAACGUUUGUCGCCAAUAGGGUGAACGAAAUACAAACAGAAGUUCAUUUUGACAAAUGGUUCCAUACUGCAACAGCCGACAACCCAGCAGAUUUUGUUUCGCGAGGACAACUACCCUCUCAAUUCAUAAAAAAUGCAAUAUGGAAAUUUGGACCACAUUGGUUAGCGUUGGAUGAGUCUCGCUGGCUAAUUAGUACAUUAGGAACAAUAGAAAUUUUAGAAAAGAGGCGUCCCAUAACUCUAGUCACGCUUCCCAACGUAGAUUUACUGGAAAAAUACUCAUCCAUCGAUUAUUUAAAUAGAAUCAUAGCGUACAUUCUUCGUUUUUAUAAUAAUGUAAAACGCGAUAGCAAGAAGGACACAGGUCCAUUGUCAUUAUCAGAAAUUCAAAAUGCACACUUUCAAAUAAUCAAACUAGUUCAAUUAGAAACCUUCCCAUCAGAAAUAAAUGAUUUAAAAACCGGUAGAAAUGUCAAUAGAAAAAGUAAAUUAAUCAAUUUAAAUCCGUUUAUAGACGAGAAUGGUAUUAUUAGGGUUGGUAGCAGGUUAAAGCACGCCGUACUCAGGUAUGACCAGAAAUAUCCCAUAGUACUACCGCACAAGCACCACGUUACCGAACUAAUAAUUAGACAGGUACACCUGAGACAAUUUCAUUCAGGGACACAAGCCACUCUAUACACGGUAAGGCAAAAAUAUUGGCCGAUAGCGGGCAAGAGCAUAGUCAAACAAGUGUUGCAUAAAUGCAUUAGUUGUUGCAAAUACAAUCCCAAGACACCACAGUACAUAAUGGGGAAUUUACCAAAAAAUAGAAUUAUACAAACACGUCCAUUUGAAGCCGUAGGAAUCGAUUACUGCGGACCCUUUCUUAUUAAAGAAAAGAAGUUCAGAAACAAAACCAAAUUGAAAUGUUACGUCGUAGUUUUUGUUUGCUUCGCGACGAAGGCGAUACAUUUAGAAUUAGCGACCGAUUUAACAACGGAAUCGUGUCUAGGAGCGCUCAAACGAUUUGUCGCGAGAAGAGGAAAACCGCGUCAUAUAUACUCGGACAAUGGUACUAAUUUCGUAGGCGCCAAAAAUGAAAUUAUACAAAUUCGUGCACUUCUACUAUCCGACGAAUAUAAAAACAGACUUCGGCAAUUCCUAACGCAGGAAAACAUUGAGUGGCAUUUCUCUCCUCCUCGUUCUCCACAUUUCGGCGGUCUUUGGGAGGCUGCAGUUAGAUCAUUUAAAAAACAUUUGCAUAAAACAAUAGGUGAUGCCAUGUUCACAUACGAGCAAUUCUAUACGUUAAUCGUUGAGAUCGAAGCUAUACUUAAUUCACGUCCCUUGAUACCGAUAUCCUCUGAUCCCAACGAUUUCCUUGCCCUAUCACCCAAUCACUUCCUUAUAGGAGAGUCGUUGGCGAGCCUACCGGAACACAAUUUUGUCGAUACUCGAACUAAUAAGCUGUCACUCUGGCAACACAUUCAGAAAAUUAAACAGCAUUUCUGGGGAAGGUGGCAGACAGAAUAUUUACAGGAGCUGCAUACUAGGAGUAAAUGGCAUACUGGAGAUGGCACAAACAUCAAGGAAGGAACGCUGGUGACAAUCAGGGAUGAUAAUUGUCCACCCCUUCAAUGGAAACUUGGGCGAGUAGUCGCUCUGCACCCUAGAGAGGAUGACGUGGUCCGCGUGGCCACAAUUCAAACACCACACAGCACUUAUAAGCGUGCUCUGAAAAAGUUGGCACCGUUGCCUAUCGAGACGAGACUUAGUUUAUUGUACCAUAACUCAUGUAUAUUGUAA